AUGAGUCUCCGUAAUGGCAGGGAUCUAGAUGUAGAACAAGAGAGAGCUCGAGAAAAUAUACAGGAUGAGACAUUCAUUCCACUGCGCAUUGAGCUGGAUGAGUCUACGAUACUGACAGAAGUGACAGUCCAACCUGCUCAGGAAGAAAAGAACAUUCAGCAGGAGAUCGAGAAAGUAGAUGAGCCAGUUGAAGAGCCAGUAGUUGAAAUAGAAUCUGAUAAAGAGAAGUCCCAAGUGAAUGGGAAGAAGAGACCUCCUGCACCUUUUCCACAGAGGUUGGCCAAGCAUCAAAAGGAGGAGCAGUAUAAAAAGUUCUUUGAAAUACUCAAACAAAUCCAGGACUUGAUGUCCCGGAAAUUUGAUUUUCAAGACUUGGCUACGGUUACACUUACUCGGACCUGUAGUGCAGUGGUGACGAUACCUAUUGCUGAAAAGUUGUCUGAUCCAGGUAGCUUUAAAAUUCCAUGCACUAUUGGGAAUUUUGCCUUUGCUAAGGCGCUCUGUGAUUUAGGGGCCAACAUUAAUUUUAUGCCCCUGGAUAUCUAUAAUAGGUUGGGCAUUGGGAGAGCUAGACCCACCUCCAUGUUGCUGCAGCUGGCCGAUAGGACUGUGAAGCGUCCAUUCGGUAUCCUUGAUGAUGUGCUUAUUCAG